AUGAACCUGCCGCUCUACGUAGAUAAUGCUUAUGAGUCAUGGACCAAUUUGAAGAAAGCAUUCUUGGAUAAGUAUUUCCCCUCUAUAAAGAUUUCAGUUGACUGCAAGGAAAUUUCGGUAGCUAAGCAAGAACCAUUCGAAACAUUCUUUGAAUUUUGGAACAGGUUCCAAGAGAUGCUUACCUGGUGCCCUAACCAUCAGAUUCUUGAGGAGUACUUGACAACAUGUGAGCUCAAGGGAUUCAAUGGACCCCAAGAUCCACUUUUGGUAAAGCUAGCCCAAGACAUGUCUAAGCUUGCAAGUAAGACAACUAUUCCUAAGGCUUUACUUGAUUUAGGUGCUUCCAUUAAUGUUAUGCCUAGGUCAAUGUAUGAGUCCUUACAAAUUAAAAGUCUUAAACCUACCACUAUGAUGCUCCAGUUAGCUGAUAGGACUAUAAGGUACCCAUACAACUUCUUAGAGGAUAUCCUAGUGAAAGUCAAAGACUUAGUUAUCCCUGCUGAUUUUUAUGUCUUGGAUAUGCCUAAUGGACAAGGUGGGGAUGGGACCUUAAUUUUGGGUAGACCCUUUUUAAGAACUGCUAAUACUAACAUUGACAUGUAA